AUGCCGCUGACGCAUGGGCGGAAGGCGCCGUCACGGAGGGAGAGAAAGCGCAAGGUCGAGGUGGUGGCUGUGGUGGACGCCGGUGGUGCUGGUGGCCUGGAUCCCGAUGCAACCGCUGCUGCGGUGGACAGCAAGCCACCGUCGCUGCUGUUGGGGGAAAGCGCGCCUGAUGCGCCAAACACUGGCGCAGCUGGCUCUGAUGCCAUCGCGCCUGCUCCCGCACAGCAUACUUCUGCGCCCACCACGCCCGCCGCACCUGUCGCACCUGCCGAUGCCGAUGCCGAUGCUGCUCCCAAGGCCAAGAAGCGGACGAUGAAGGAGCGCAUGAAGGGCUUCAAGUCGCGGAUCAAGGACAUGAAAAAGGCCAAGCUCGGCGGAGAUGUGCCGCCGUUUCUGGCACUGGCCGACACGUCAGCGGUCCCGAUGGAGCCCGGCGUCUUGCACCACGGCUUGCUGGAGAAGAAGGGCCGCAAGCGGCACAACUUUGCCCUCCGCUGGUUCACCCUCUCGGCAGACAACGUGCUCCGGUACUACGAGCUGAAGGAGAAGCAGGCUGAGAUCUCGACCAUAUUUGACGCCAAGCUUCUGGACGGCAUGGCCGAGCGUGGAUGGAUGAACCUGCUGGUCCCGUUCACGCUCGCCCGCGUCGAGGCCAAGAACGAGUGGGAGUAUCGCUUUGUCGUAGAAUCGGCCGAACGCACUCUGGUUUUGCGAACCCCGCUAGACCAAGCUGCCGACGAGUGGAUGGCCCGGCUAGCCGAGUGUGGCGGAUACCAGGCCGAGGGCAAGGCUGCCGAGCCACCGUCACCAUUGAUUGCAUCCGCCCCGACCUCGCCCGCAGCUGGCGCUGCGGCCGAGCCUGUGGAUGAGCUUCGUCACCCACGCCCGCAGCCGCCGUCGCGAUCGCGCGCAGACCAGCCGCCUGCCGGAGAUCUUGAGCGAGACAUCACCGCCGCCCCGGCGCCGCCUCCCCGCCGCUCCCCCAUCCCGCCUGCCAGCACUUCUGUCACCGCUGAUGGCGACAGCCGCGAGGUAGAGGAUGUGCGGCCAAAGCCGGUGGCGCGACCGUCACCAGCAGCUCGCCCGCUUCCGAGCCCCGUGCCCUCUACGCGUUCUGCAGCCGGAAAGAUACCGCCACCCAAGCCGUCCGCCCGUCCACUUCCAAGCCCUGUUGCUAGCUCGAAUCCGGUGCCCAUCAAGCCAGCGCCCGCGCCGCGCCCGCCUACCCGCCCACUUCCCAAUCCAGUACCUGCAGCCGACGAGCCGCUACCGCCCAAGCCACCGUCACGUCCGCUGCCGGCACCUGCAGGUGCCAAGUCGCCUUUGCCCAAGCCGCCGUCACGCCCGCAGCCCACGCUCAAUCCCGACAGCCCAUCGCCGCCCAAGCCACCGUCACGCCCGCAGCCCACGCCUACUGCUGACAACCCACCUCCGUCCCGCCCGAAGCCAGCACUUGUGGCCAACGACCCAUCGCAACAAGAGGCCAAGUCGCCGGCACCAUCCAACCGCCCGGACAAGGUCGCCCGCCCGACCAAGCCCAAGCCGACCAAGCCGCGGCCAAAGGUCUCCAAGCCGCCACCCAAGCCCAAGCCCCCGCCGUCAUUGGUGUCCGAGCCGUCCGGAGCAGCAUCGCACAACCCGUUUCUUUAAC